GCAAUUUUAUUUGUUUAUAAUUGCAGCAAUUGACAUUAAAUAAAAUGGAGCAAGAUGUAAAAACAAUAUGUGCUCCUCAGAAAAAAUAUUUUCGCCAACGUGCUCACUCAAAUCCAUUAGCAGAUCAUUCAUUUUUAUACCCUGUUUGCCCAGCUGCAAUGAAUUGGCAUCCAUUCUAUCCAAACUAUUUUACACCUGAUGGAAAUUCAUGUAAUAAUUUAGAAAAAGUUGAGAUUGUUGAUAUUGGUUGUGGAUAUGGUGGUAUGUUAAUAACUUUGUCACCUCUUUUUACAAAAUCAUUAAUUCUUGGAAUGGAAAUUCGUGUCAAAGUUUCUGCUUUUGUUCAUCAGAGAAUAUUAGCACUGAGAAAUCAAGGAAACAAAAAUGACUUUCAAAAUAUUGCUGUUAUUCGUACAAAUGCUAUGAAAUAUAUGACCAAUUUUUUUAACAAAGGUCAGUUAAAGUGUCUUUUUUUCCUUUUUCCUGAUCCGCAUUUUAAGAAAAAAAAAAACAAAUGGAGAAUUAUUAGUUCCACAUUACUUUCUGAGUAUGCUUAUGUAAUGGCUGAAGGAGGAAUUGUCUACACAAUGACUGAUGUAUUAGAAUUACAUGAAUGGAUGAAAACUCACUUUGUAGAACAUCCUCUUUUUGAGCAGUUGACUCCGGAACAGUAUUCUUGUGAUCCAGUUGUUGAAAAACUCUAUGAAUCGACCGAAGAGGGUAAAAAGGUCACUAGAAACAAUGGCAAUAAAUACUUAGCAAUUUUUCGAAGGCUUCCAAAUCCAAUUUAAUAUAUUUUAGCUUAAAUCAUUCUAAUCAGCUAACUUGGUUUGUAUAAUUAUUUACCUAUUGAUAUUCAAUAUGUUUAUAAACCUUAUGAAUGAAAAAUAUUUGAUGUUUUCUUA